AGCCAUGUGCUGCUGCUGCUGCCUGCUGCUGCCUGGCCCCACUUUACUGCAUUGUGUGAAAGCUCUUGUGUUUGUCUGUCUGAGUCCUGCUCUGUGUGUGUGUGUGUGUAUUCCUCCGCCUGGCAUAUGCAAGCAUCCAUCCAGCCAAGAGGCAAACAGAUGCAUCCAUCUGCCUGGUAGCCCACAAGCUUGCUCACCUCCAGAGAGAAGAUAUCCCACACUGGAUUACUUCAUUGCAAGAGCCUUCCAGCAGCAACUGAGGGGCUAAAGUGGGGGAAGAACCUCUUUGCAACUGGCAACACCUCUGCUCAGACAAGAUGUGGAUUUAAAACCGAAUCUCCCCACAGAUUGUGUGUGUGUGUGUUUGUGUUGGGGGAAGACUUCAUUUCAGGAAGCCAAAAGGUAUGCAUUUAAAAAAAAGAUGCAUUUAAUACUGUGAGAUUUUCCAUGCAAUCUUCUUUGCAAAUUGUAUGUGUGUGUGUGUGUUGGGGGAAGACUUCAUUUCAGGAAGCCAAAAGCGGUGAUCGAGGAGCAGGGGUUGCCCUGAGGAAUGAGCAGCACGAUGUCGACGGCCACGGACUUCGACAGCGUGGAGAUCCAGCAGCAGUACAACGACAUCAACAACCGGUGGGACGCCAACGAGGAGGAGUGGGACAACGAGAACAGCUCGGCACGGCUCUUCGAACGCUCCCGAAUCAAAGCCUUAGCAGACGAGCGCGAGGCGGUCCAGAAGAAAACCUUCACGAAAUGGGUGAACUCGCACUUAGCCAGAGUAACGUGUCGGAUCACGGACCUCUACACGGACCUGAGGGACGGGCGCAUGCUGAUCCGGCUGCUCGAGGUGCUAUCGGGCGAACAACUGCCCAAGCCCACCAAGGGGCGAAUGCGGAUUCACUGCCUGGAGAACGUGGACAAGGCCCUGCAGUUCCUGAAGGAGCAGAAGGUUCAUCUGGAGAACAUGGGGUCUCACGACAUCGUGGACGGGAACCACCGCCUCACCCUCGGCCUGAUUUGGACCAUCAUCCUCCGAUUCCAGAUCCAGGACAUCAGUGUGGAAACGGAGGACAAUAAGGAAAAGAAGUCCGCCAAGGAUGCGCUAUUACUCUGGUGUCAGAUGAAGACAGCAGGGUACCCGAAUGUUAACGUUCACAACUUCACCACGAGCUGGCGCGAUGGACUGGCCUUCAACGCAAUUGUCCACAAACACAGGUCGGAUCUGAUAGAUUUUGACAAACUAAAGAAGUCUAACGCCCACUACAACUUGCAGAAUGCGUUCAACGUGGCUGAGCAGCAACUAGGCCUCACCAAACUCCUUGACCCCGAAGAUGUCAGCGUGGACCAGCCUGAUGAGAAAUCUAUCAUCACAUACGUGGCCACUUACUAUCAUUACUUCUCCAAGAUGAAGGCGCUGGCCGUUGAAGGGAAGCGGAUUGGAAAGGUGUUGGACUACGCCAUCGAAGCGGACAACAUGAUCGACAAGUACGAGACUCUGGCCUCCGACCUUCUGCAGUGGAUAGAGUUCACCAUCAUCACGCUGAACGACCGCAAGUUGGCCAACUCCCUGAACGGGGUUCAGAACCAGCUCCAGGCGUUUAACACCUACCGCACGGUGGAGAAGCCGCCCAAGUUUAUCGAGAAGGGCAAUCUGGAGGUUUUACUGUUCACCAUACAAAGCAAAAUGCGAGCCAAUAAUCAGAAAGUCUACAUUCCACGGGAAGGCAAACUCAUCUCAGACAUCAACAAGGCUUGGGAGCGCCUGGAGAAAGCGGAGCAUGAGCGGGAGCUGGCCUUGCGGACGGAGCUGAUCCGGCAGGAGAAGCUGGAGCAACUCGCCCACCGGUUCGACCGCAAAGCCGCCAUGCGCGAGACGUGGCUGAGCGAAAACCAGCGGCUGGUUUCCCAGGACAACUUCGGGCUGGACUUGCCGGCGGUGGAGGCGGCCACCAGGAAGCACGAGGCCAUCGAGACGGACAUCAACGCCUACAAUGAGCGCGUGCAGGCGGUGGUGGCCGUUGCCAAGGAGCUGCAGGCCGAACGCUACUACGACAUCAAGCGCAUCGCCGUGCGCAAGGACAACGUCCUCCGGCUGUGGGACUACCUGCGCGAGCUGCUGCAGGCUCGCCGCGAGCGGCUGGUGAGGAACCUCGAGCUGCAGAAGAUGUUCCAGGAGAUGCUGUACAUCGUGGACUGGAUGGAAGACAUGAAGGGCCGCCUGCAGUCGCAAGACUUCGGCAAGCACCUUCACGGGGUCGAAGACCUGCUCCAGACACACACGCUGGUCGAGGCCGACAUCGCAGUGCAGGCGGAACGCGUUAAAACCGUCACCACCGGCGCGCAGCGGUUCAGCACGAACGAGGAAGGUUACAAGCCGUGCGACCCCGAGAUUGUCCGGGAACGGGCGGCGCACUUGGAGCGUUGCUACGGGGAGCUGUGCGAGCUGGCGGGCGAGCGGCGUGCCAAGCUGGAGGAGUCGCGCCGCCUGUGGAAGUUCUUCUGGGAGAUGGGCGAGGAGGAGGCGUGGAUCCGCGAGAAGGAGCAGAUCAUGUCGUCGGACGAUCACGGGCGCGACCUGACCGGAGUGGCGCUGCUGGUCAGCAAGCACAGCUCGCUGAUGGACGAGCUGAGCGGCCGCAGCGGCCCCCUGCAGCAGACCAUCGGGGCGGGCGAGGGACUGGUGGCCGAGGGGCGCCUGGGGGCGGAGGCGGUGGGCGAGAAGAUCGCCGAGAUCCGCGGCCUGUGGGCGCGGCUGGAGGAGCUGGCCGCCCAGCGGGGGAGGCGGCUGGCCGAGACCGCCAGCCUGUACCAGUUCCAGGCCGAUGCGGACGACACCGAGGCCUGGAUCCUCGACUCGCUGCGGCUGGCCUCCAGCACGGAGGUGGGCCACGACCAGUACUCCACCCAGACGCUGGCCAAGAAGCACCGCGAGGUCGAGGACGAGGUCCACCACCACCGGCCCACCAUCGACGCCCUACACGAGCAGGCCCGGAGCCUGCCCAGCGACACCGCCCGCUCCCCAGAGGUGGACGGACGGCUGCCCGCUAUCGAGCAGCGAUACGAGGAGCUGGUGGCCUUGGCGCGGCAGCGGCGCCUCGCCCUGCAGGACGCUCUGGCCCUCUACAAGAUGUUCAGCGAGGCGGACGCCUGCACCCUGUGGAUCGAUGAGAAGGAACAAUGGCUGAACUGCAUGGAGAUCCCCGAGAAACUGGAGGACCUUGAAGUCGUUCAGCACAGGUUUGAGACGCUGGAGCCGGAGAUGAACAGCCAGGCCUCGCGCAUCUCGUCCGUCAACGAGGUUGCCGACCAGGUACUGAGCACCGAACAUCGUAACAAGGACGAGGUAGCCGGCAUGAGAGACCAGCUGAAUAGCAGCUGGGAUCGGUUCCGUGGGCUGGCGGAUGAGAAGAAGGAAGCUCUGAGCUCGGCUCUCAGCAUCCAGAACUAUCACCUUGAAUGCAACGAGACCAAGUCGUGGAUUAAGGAGAAGACCAAGGUGAUCGAGUCCACGCAGAGCCUGGGGAACGACCUGGCGGGCGUGAUGGCCCUCCAGCGCAAGCUGACGGGCAUGGAGCGCGACCUGGAGGCCAUCCAGGGAAAACUAGACGACCUGAAGAGAGAGGAGGAGAAGUUGGCAGCCGAGCACCCGGAGCAGGAGGCGGCCAUUUUGUCCCGGCUGUCGGAGAUCGACGGAGUUUGGGGGGACCUGCGGGACACGCUGAAGAGGCGGGAGGAGUCGCUGGGCGAGGCCAGCAAGCUGCAGGGCUUCCUGAGGGACCUGGACGACUUCCAGUCCUGGCUGUCGAGGACGCAGACGGCCAUCGCCUCUGAGGGGGCGGCCACCAGCCUGGCGGACGCCGAGAAGUUGCUGGCCCAGCACGAGAACAUCAAGAAGGAGAUCGACAACUACCGGCCCGACUACGAGAGGAUGCGCGGCCUUGGCGCGGAGGUGACCCAGGACCAGACGGACGCGCAGUACAUGUUCCUGCACCAGCGGCUCCAGGCCCUGGAUACCGGCUGGAACGAGCUAAGCCAGAUGUGGGAGAACAGGCACAACCUGCUGGCUCAAGUCUACGGCUACCAGAUCUUCCUGCGGGACGUCAAGCAGGCCGAGGGCUUCCUCAACAACCAGGCCUAUCUGCUGUCGCACACGGAGAUGGCCGGCACGCUGGAGUUGGCCGAGGCGGCCAUUAAGAAGCACGAGGACAUCAUGACCACCAUGGAGGCCAACGAGGAGAGGAUCAACAGCGUGGUGGACUCGGGCAAGAAGCUGAUGAGCGAGGGCAAUGUCAACACAGACAAAAUCCAGGAUAAAGUGGACUCCAUCGACAAGCGACACAGAGGGAAUCGCAAAACUGCCGACGACCUUGCUGGGCGCCUCAAGGAUAACCUGGAACUCCAGAAAUUCCUUCAGGAUUGUCAAGAGCUCACUCUUUGGAUCAAUGAGAAGAUGUUGACGGCACAAGAUAUGUCAUACGACGAGGCGCGUAACCUCCACACCAAGUGGCAGAAGCACCAGGCCUUCAUGGCUGAGCUCGCAUCCAACAAGGAAUGGCUGGACAAGAUCGACAAGGACGGGAAGCAGCUGAUCUCGGAGAAGCCGGACACCGAGCCGAUCGUGGAGGAGAAGCUCGCCGACCUCCAACGACUCUGGGACGAGCUGGAGUCCACCACCAAGACCAAGGCCCAGUGCCUGUUCGACGCCAACCGCACGGAAUUGUUCACGCAGAGCUGCGCCGACCUGGACCUGUGGCUCGACGAGCUGGACGCGCAGCUCCAGUCCGACGACCACGGCAAGGACCUGACCAGUGUCAGCAUCCUCCUGAAAAAGCAGCAGAUAUUGGAAAACCAGAUGCAGGUCCGGGAGAAGGAGCUGGAGGGGUUGAAGAACCAGGCCCAGGCCUUGGGGCAAGAAGACGCCAACGUUGUGGAGGUGGACGCCAAGCAGGGGCGGGUGCAGGAGAGGUUCCAGGAGCUGCUGAGGCCAGUGAAGGAGAGACGCAGCAACCUCAUGGCCUCCAAGGAAGGCCACCAGUUCAACCGCGACCUGGAAGACGAAAUCCUCUGGGUUAAUGAACGGUUGCCACUAGCAACCUCAACGGACCACGGGAACAACUUGCCAACUGUACAGCUACUCAUUAAGAAAAACCAGACCCUGGAGAAGGAGAUCCAGGGCCACCAGCCCCGGAUCGACGACAUCGGCGAGCGCGGGGAGACGCUAGCCGUUGCGGGCCGCGUGGACUCCGAGAUUCUGCGCGCCCGUCUUGGGGACCUCCAGGAGACCUGGCGAGACCUGAAGGAGGAAACGAACCACCGCGACCGGCGCCUACAGGAGUCGCAGAAGGCCCAGCAGUUCUACUUUGACGCAGCUGAGGCCGAGGCCUGGAUGGGCGAGCAGGAACUUCACAUGAUGUCGGAAGAGAGGGCUAAGGAUGAGCCGAGCGCGAUGGCAAUGGUGAAGAAACACCAGGUGGUGGAGCAGUCUCUGGAGGACUACGCCCAGACGAUCCAUCAGCUGUCUAACUUGAGCAGAAACCUGUUAACCAACAGCCAUCCUGAGAGUGACCGGAUAACACUGCGGCAGUCGCAGGUGGACAAGUUGUACGCGGGGCUGAAGGACCUGGCGGAGGAGAGGCGGGAGAAGCUGCAGGAACGCCUCCGGCUCUGCCAGCUGAAGCGGGAAGUGGACGACCUAGAGCAGUGGAUCGCCGAGCGGGAGAUAGUGGCGGGAUCGCACGAGCUGGGCCAGGACUACGAGCACGUCACCAUGCUGCGUGACAAGUUCCGCGAGUUCGCCCGCGACACGAGUAGCAUCGGGCAGGAGCGCGUGGACUCUGUCAACCGCCUGGCUGACGAGCAGAUCGACCUGGGCCACCCGGAGAACGCCACCAUCGCCGAGUGGAAGGACGGCUUGAACGAGGCGUGGGCCGACCUGCUGGAGCUGAUCGACACCCGCACGCAGAUGCUGGCCGCCUCCUACGAGCUGCACAGCUUCUACCACGACGCCCGCGACACCCUGGACCGCGUGCAGGAGAAGGAGAAGCAGCUGCCCGAGGAGAUGGGCCGCGACCUCAACACCGUGGAGAGGAUGGACAGGAUGCAUACCACCUACGAGCACGACAUCCAGGCUCUGAGCGCGCAGGUGAAGCAGGUGCAGGACGACGCAGCCCACCUGCGCUCGGCCUACGCGGGCGAUAAGGCGGAGGACAUCCAGCGACACGAGGACAACGUGGUGGAGGCCUGGAACGCCCUGCUCGCCGCCAGCAGGGGGCGCAAGCAGCUGAUCUCCGACUCGGUGGAGAAGUUCCGCUUCUUCAACCUCGUGCGGGCCCUCAUGCUCUGGAUGGACGACGUCAACAGGCAAAUGGACGCCCAGGAGAAGCCGAGGGAUGUCUCUUCAGCGGACCUGACCAUCAAGAACCACCAGGGGAUCAAGUCUGAAAUAGAUGCCCGGAAUGACAGCUUCACUGCCAGCAUUGAGAUGGGAAACGCGCUCCUGGACAAGAACCACCAUGCUUCAGAUGAGAUCUCGGAGAAGUUAUCGCAACUCCAGGAAAGGAGAAAGGAAAUCAAUGAUAAAUGGAAAGAUAAGGAGGAUUGGUUGCAACUCGUGAUGGAGGUCCUGCAGUUUGGCCGGGAUGCGUCGGUGGCCGAGGCGUGGCUGGCGAGCCAGGAGCCGUACGUGCGCGCCGGUGAGGUCGGGAGCAGCGUUGACGACGCGGAGAACCUCAUCAAGCGGCACGAAGGCUUCGAGAAGGCGGCGGCGGCUUGGGACGAGCGCUUCUCCGCCCUGGAGAAGCUCACCACGCUGGAACAGCAAGAGAUUCAACGUAAACGGGAGGAGGAGGAGAGGAAGGCGAUCCCGCCAUCGCCGCCCACGCCCCGCGUCUCCGUGACGACGGAAGACGGCCUGGAAUCCGCCAGCCCGUCGGGGCAGAACCAAGUGACACGAGAUGGCGACUUGGUCAAUCACCUGGAGGUCAUCGCUCAAAACGGAGUCCACCCAGACCAAGAGUCACAGCUGGUGUCAGACGCAUCGGAAGCAGCUGACGGGACGGGCCCGGAGUCGAGGAAGGAGAACGUUCCCGCGCUGAAGACGCCGCAGCCGUCACCGCGCCCGCGGCUGGACAGCUCGCAGCUGACCAAGGCCCAGGACGCAGCCACCGUGCAACUAGAAGGCAUCUUGUGUCGGAAACACGAGUGGGAAUCCCACAGUAAGAAGGCCAGCAGCAGAUCGUGGCAGAAUGUGUACUGCGUGUUGCGGAAUCGCAGUCUCGGCUUCUACAAGGACUCCAAGAAUGCCGCCAGCGGCAUCCCGUACCACGGGGAGGUUCCCGUCAGCCUGACGGACGCCGUAUGCGAGGUCGCGCACGACUACAAGAAGCGGAGAAGUGUCUUCAAGCUCCGGCUCAGCGAAGGAAAGGAGUUUCUGUUCCAGGCUAAGGAUGAGGCUGAGAUGAACAGUUGGAUCGACUUGGUGGGGAGGUCCAUCUCGACCAGCCAGGAGGACCGCCACGCCAUCACGCCCCAGGGCCUGACCCGCGCCAUGACCAUGCCUCCCAUCUCGCCCAACAGCGGCGAGACCGUCACCCUCCGGAGAGACAAGGACGGCAAGGAAAAAGAUCGCGAGAAGCGGUUCAGCUUCUUCAAGAAGAAGUAGGGGCCACAACCAAGAACUUCCCCUCCCCCCCCCCUCCCCUCGAGAAGGUUUUCUUCCCCCCACGCCCAACGGGAGAAAAACGACAAGAAAAAAAUUCACCGCACUUCGCAACGUCAUUCCAGUCGAUUCCAGCUCGUUCUUUAGUCCGGAACUUUCUACGCCUGGCAUUCCCGGAGGACUUGGAGGGGGGGGUGGAGGGGGUUGGGGGAAUUUAUUCUUUAAAGAAAAAAAAACUUUUGUCAGGAGGGAGGGGAAGGGGGGGGAGGGGGAAGUGGGUGACGACGCGAAAAAUGCCACCGCUUACAAAAUGGCCGAACAUAACAACUCCGGAGAAGUUUUCCCGUGAAAAACACUAAGUAACGUUCUUACCGGUCGCCCCGAGGUUAGUCGAGAGACGGAGGUCCGUGUCGCGGGGAGGCGUUUACCGCUAUCGGGCCGAGCUGUCCGCUCGUUUUGUUUCCCCCCCCCUCCUCCUCCAGGAUCGAGUCGCCCCCCCAUUUGGCUCGGAGGGUGUUGGCACUGUGGGAAGGUCUGGGGAAUGAGUCUCGCAACUGGUCUCGAAUCUCCUCUUCCCACCCCCCACACACACACACACACACACACACACACACACACACACACACGCACACACGCACGCACACACACACACACACACUCUCCCCCACACACGCAACCAAGCCAGGCAGGUUGGCCAUUGUCUUACCGGAAGAGCUACGAUAAACUAGGCCGGGUUUGGAUACAUGUACUCCACGGGCAGGCCUUCUCAGUUUUCCUCCCACUUUUCCCUCAUAACUUCCCUCCCACUCCCCCCCCUACCUUUUCCCGUCCCCGCACCGAACCAGAUCGCGGGAGGGCGUGGGCGGAUUAGGCCCGAAUCCAAGAUGGCGGCGUUAGCGCAUGAAUUGAACGUCAGGAGACGGGGCAGAGGGCCUCAUUUUACCCGCCCACAUUUGUUGGUACGUCAAAGAUUGGAGCAGGAUUAGGCCACUCGGCCCAUCGAGUCUGCUCUGACCUAUCCCUCCCUCCAAACCUCAUUCUCCUGCCUUCUCCCCCAUCAUCUCUGGUUCCUCCCACAACCUCGGGCCCAAUCAAUUGCUUUAAAAUUAAAAGCUUUUAUUUUAAAAUAAAAGCAUUUCUGCUCUUGAACUGGGCCCUGGAAAAAACUCCAUUUUGCCAAACAAUUUCUGUAAAAGUGUGGAUUAUUUGCUUGGAAGGAACUUGCAUCUGCGAAAAUAAUCGCCCGACUAAUUUGUGGUGAAAUAUGUCAUGGAUUUUGUUUUCAUUAAUGGCUUUUAAAUUUGUUUCAUGGUCCCUGUCACAACGAACAACAGCUGUUUUUCAGCGCUGAUUAGAACUGAAUGAUACUAAUGUUACGUAUGGUGGCGCAGCGGUAGAGUUGCUGCCUCACAGCGCCGGAGACCCGGGUUCGUUCUGCCCGUGCGUUUUCUCCGGGAUCUUCGGUUUCCUCCCACGCUCCAAAGACGUACAGCUUUGUCGGCUAAUUGGCUCGAUAUAAAUCGUCCCUAGUGUGUGUGUGGGGUAGUGUUAGUGUGCGGGAAUCGCUGGUCGGCGCGGACCCGGUGGGCAGAAGGGCCUGUUUCCGCGCUGUAUCUCGAAACUAGACCAGAGCUGGCAGUGAAUGCGUUGCUGCACUUGUAUAGCAAGUUGUUAGAUAAAACGAUAUUUCGUGUCUCGAUCCGAAACGUCACCUAUUCCUUCGCUCCAUAGAUGCUGCCUCGCCCGCUUAAAUAUCUCCAGCAUUUUUGUCUCCUUUUCUUCACCAGCCGAUUCGAUUCACUUUUUAAAAAUCUGAGCACUUUUAACCGGAGGAGAAAACCUUGCACUAGCCGCCAUUUUAGGUUUAGAUUUGUUUAGAGAUACAGCGCGGAAACACCGAGUCCUCGCAGCCCGACGAUCCCCCCGUGUACUAACAAUAUCCUACAUAGACAUUUUUAAAAAACAUUUAUACUAAACCAAUUAACCCACAAACCCGCACGUCUUUGGAGUGCGGGGGGAAACCGAAGAUCUCGGAGAGAACGUACAAACUCCGUACAGACAGCGCCCGUGGCCGGGAUCGAACCCGGGUCUCUGGCGCUGUAAGGCAGCAACUCCACCGCACGGCCCCUGGAACGCUUUUCCCCGCAAGCAUAAAAUGGUGGCAGUCGCGAAUCCCGCGGUUUUGGAAAGCAGACGUUUUAAGACUCCUUUUGGAACGGCUGACUCGAGUUUCCGGGUUAUGUUUUUGCCCGUGAGUUUGUGCCUCCCAGCUCCGACUCCCGGGCGCGUGAGCGAGCGGCAAGGCAGCUAGCGUCAUCCCGUUUAAGAAUUGGCCCUCUUGAGAAGAUGUGGGCAUCGUGCAGGAGGUUGGAGAGAGAAGAUAGGGAAGGUGAAGGGGUCGGUCGAAGAGACGCUCUUGAAAGAACGGUAGGUAGGCUUUAGUUUAGUCUAGAGACACAGCGCGGAAACAGGACCCUCGGACCGCCGAUCCCCGCACGCUAACACUAUCCCCCUCACACUCGGGACAAUUGACACUUACACCGAGACAAUUCGCCUACAAAAAUGGAGGGUGGGCAGGAAACCUGAGCUCCCGGAGACAAAACCCACGCAGGUCACGGGGAGAAGGUACAAAAUCCGUGCAGACAAGCGCCAGUAGCCGGGAUCGAACCCGGGGUCGCUGGUGCCGCAAGCAAGCGCUGGAAGGCGCCAACUCUACCGCUGCGCCACCUAGGCUAUUGCACCGAGACGUAUUUUGGUCUUGAGUUGAGCUUUUUCCGGCUCUGUAGAGUUUUUCACACCCUGUCCACAUCUUCUCUGCAACCUUUCCAGCUUGACGACAUCUUUCCCGUAACGCAGCGCCCCAGAACCCGAACACGAUACUCUGAAUGUGACCUCACCAUAUAAUUCGGCAAACAACCGUCUUAGAACCGUUAGCCAAGUGACAAAUGUACGGGGUUAGAACACAAACAGCGGCGUGAGUUCUUAACUAACGUUGUCCCACAGGGCUAUCACGCCAGGACGCUUCCCGCCCGACUCCAUCUUGGCAGAGACAUCGGUGUGCGUGAAGCCUCUUCCUUCGCUCACCAAGAUAAGACGCAAAAUCGCGGAGUAACGGGCAGCAUCUCCGGAGAGCAGGAACGGGGUGACGUUUCUGCUCGAGGCCCUUCUCCAGCCUGUGCGGGGGGGAGCCUGGAGAUAUAUGGAAGGGUGAGGCGUGAAAAGGACAGAUCAAAGCAGUCGAUGGUCAAGGAAAUGCAGAAUGGUUCGCGCUUGUUUUCACUCUUGUUACCCUUCCUUACUGAGAGAUGUGGAAGGUGAUCUGGAACAAAUGCGUGAAAGAUAUGCAAAAAAUACGGGAUCACGGGGAAGAUAGAGCUCACAAUGCUCCAUUGUUGGCUGUAUGCUGGGUGAUAACAAGUUAGAAAACGUCACCUAUUCCCUUUCUCUCCAGAGAUGCUGCCUGUCCCGCUGAGUUACUCCAGCUCUUUGUGUCUAUCGUCAGCAUCUGUGCAGUUCCUUCCUCCACACUCACACACACACACUCCGUUAUGAGUAGUGGUGUGCGUUUAAAGAUGGUUCUUCUCGUGACUAAUUAAUGGCGAUGGAAGUCGGCGAAUGUCUAAUAAACGGACUGUGUUUACAGACUGAGAUUUAAGGUCAGGAGACAUCGAUAGUGAACGGCACAGCGGUAAAGUCGCCGCCUCACAGCGCCGGAGACCCGGGUUCGAUCCUGACCGCGGUACGUUCUCCCCGUGACACGCGUGGGUUUUCCCCGAGAUCUUUAGUUUCCUCCCACUGUCAUCUGAAUGAAGACGCACUGACUAGACCCACCUUCACUCCGAUGGCGUCAAUUAAUCGGCCUGGCAUCGAUCUAAAUUUUAAAAUGUCAAAUUGCCCCCGGUGCGGCAAGGUAGGGUGGUGCAGGGAUCGCUGGUCGGCACGGGCUCGGUGGGCCGAAGGGCCUGUUUCCGCGCUGUAUCUCUAAACCAAACUAAAACUAAACAAAUGAAGCUGGAAAGUGAAUGAAAGAAUGAAUAAGUUUAUUGGCCAAGUAUUCACAUACAAGGAAUUUGCCUUGGUGCUCCGCCCGCAAGUGACACAAAACAUGAAUAAUAAAUUAUUAGCAGUUGGUGUCGGUGUAGGACAUACCAAGCAGCCUUGAUAGUGGCGAUCAAAAAGGAAGGGCUUAUGGGGUUAGUCUGUUACUUUGCUUGUCUACCUGCCGUUGCGUUUUUGGGAUCAGCACACGGUGGCGCGGCGGUAGAAUCGCCGCCUCACAGCGCCAGAGACCCGGGUUCGAUCCCGACCGCGGGCGCUUGUCUGUACGUUUUCUCCCCGUGACCCGAGUGGGUUUUCUCCGGGCGCUCCGGUUUCCUCCCACACUCCAAAGACGUGCAGGUUUGUGGGCUAAUUGGCUUGGCGUAAAUGUAAAAACUGCGCGUAGGAGAGUGUGAGUGUGCGGGGAUCGCUGGUCGGCGCGGACCCGGUGGGCCGAAGGGCCUGUUUCUGCGCUGUAUCUCUAAACUAAAAACGAAAUGGUGACAAAAAUGCCGGAGAUACUCAGCGGGUGAGGGUUGCAUCUGUGGAACAUCCAUAUAUUUUUCCAGCAUCUGGGGUUAUUUCUUAAACUAAAGGUUGGCUUGUUUAAGGAAGGUGUUUGUUGUGUGUGUGUGUGUGUGUGCGUGUGUGUAUGCGUGUGUGUGUGUGCGUGCAUG